AUGAAGCCCGGCAUGCACCCGCAACCUCACCCGAGCACCUCCUCCUCUUCCCCCUACUCCCCGUCGACGCCGUCGUCGCAGCAGUACCUGCAAAUCCGUACGGACACGACCGUGGUGUCGUCCAUCAACAGCUCCUCCGCCUCGGCCGCCGCCGCUGCGUCGAUCAGUGGGCCGUCAUAUGAUGGGCUCUGCAUGACUGCACCGCACUCGCCGGCAACGGCGCCUGUCCACCAGCCGCGCACGACGCAGACACAGCAGAGCCAGGCGCCACGCCACCGCAUCUCCUCUAAGGGUACGUCCUCGCCGCAUCGCUUUGCCGUGUCGAACACGAGCAUGGCCUGCUCCUCCGUUGACGACCCCGAGAAUCUGGGCUUGCACCGACGGUUCAACAACCCGCGUGAGGCCUACGCGAGUCAGCACCAGAAUUUGCGUGGUCACCAGUUACAGCCGCAACACCACCACCACCACCAAGCCGACGCGCUUCCGCAGCCGCUCAAGCGGCGCAGUAGUGACAUCAUGGACGCCGUCUCGCGCAGCCUCAACACGCACAACGAUCCUGAGCUGGAGGGACUACCGCCAAUGCACUGCGACAAUGGGGGCGAGGACGAGAUGGUGGGGCACGCCGGCGGGGCUGUGGGAGCGGCUGGACACGCCACGACACUCUAUUCAAAAGGCUUCCUGAUUGCUACCGCCGCCGCGAAGGACUCUUCGGCGUCGCGCGGCAACGACGACGGCGAGGCAAGUCUCAGCCAGGCGAGUCAGUCACGCGGCCCUCUCGCGAGCACCUCUACUGGCGUCUCUCACCGCCUGCUGACGGCGGAUGAAAUCGACGAGCGGCGUCGCGCGUCGUGGGCUGCGAGUCGUUCUGUGUCCCAGGUACACUCCGUCAUGUCCGGCCCGGCCACCGGCGACAACGCGGGCAAUCACACAACGACCGGGAAUUCGCUAAUCAGGGUUCAAAGUAUUAACAACCUCAGCACCGCAAGCGGCGUCAGCAAAGGCAUCCGGCCAGCCCACCGACAGCUAACCAAGGAGGAGGCCGACCAACUUAUUGCCCACCGCCAGCAACAGCGGACUGCAGAAGCAGCAGCAGCUGCAGCAUCAGCAGCACCACCACCACCAGAAGACAUACCGGCACAGCAGCAGCAGCAGCACGGGCUGUCAUCAUCGCUGGCGAAUACCUCCAACAACAACCAGUCUGGAAUAUUGCACUCGGCCGCGCCGGACAGCGCAAAGCCGUGGCUCCUCUCUGGGGAUGGAACGCAGGCGAACUACUUCCCCCCAGAACCCGCCUCUACGCCGCCAGUGACCAGCACCAACACUGUGGGCAGCGGAGACAACACGUCGACGAAGCACAUGGCGUUCGAGUGGCUGCGAGGCACCAGCGGCGGUGGUACUGGCAGUGUCGGUGGUCCUGCUAGUAGUACAGGCUUCUUCGCAGAGUCGAUGGUUCAUUCAUGGCCUGGCGUGAAUGGGUGGCGUGAUAGCAACGUGGUUGGCAGCAGCGUUAACGGCGGCAACGUCAACACUGCCAUGGCUGCAUUUUUCGGUGCGGCGGGGGUCGCUGCCGGAGAUGGUGGCCCUAACGGUGACUUCAACGUCUCUGCAGUCGCUUUGGCAAGGGCAGGCCAAGCACCAGGCGGCACCUCCACCCCCGGCUUCACAUGGCUGCCCAACACCUCAAACUGGUCGCCGCGCAAUCAACAGCAACACCAGCAGCACGCUCUUUUCUCUUUCGUCCCUGCAACACCGCCGCAAGUGGGCGCCGUCAGCGGCGCCACCAACGCCGCCACCUGGGGCUACAGCAAUACCGCGAUGGGCUUCACUGGUGGCAGUCUGCGCAGUGGUUCGCUCACCUUUCUCUCUUCUCCCCCCACGCCAGCGGCGCUACAGGGGGUGUCGCAAGAGAACAUCGAAGAGUGCAUCCGGCAAUGUGAUGUGCAGCUGGAGCAACUCCAGCAGGAGCGAGAGCAGCUGGUGCAAGAACUGCAGAGACGCCUGUACGCUCCGGCAGACGGCGAAAAGCACCAGCAACACAACCACACCGAUGCUGCAAGUUGGCCAGGCGCGCUCGGCCCCCACGCCGUCACAAUCCCAAGGAGUGUAAUAGACACGAUCACACCAGGGCCAGCGAUGCUGUCACACGGAACCGCCACUGCAGGGACGGGUACCAUCGUUGGCGGCGGCAGCGCCAUUCGUCAGCGUCCCCUCUGGCCGUUCCUUGGCGACCUCGUUGUGGACGGGAAUGGCGUGGCGAAGGCCUUACCGCGCGGCCCCGUCGACACACGUGAGUCCCCUGGUCCGUGCAUGGAACCCACCAUGGAGGUCGAUAGCGAGGAAUGGGCGAGGCGUGCGCCUACGACGGCAGAAGACCAUCAGCGGGUGAGCAGCAGCGGUAGCCCGACGGUUGUAGGACCGGCGCACCAGGCGGCAGCCGGCACCGGUGCGGUUGGCGGAAGCGUUGGCAACUGGACCGCCGGUGAGCGCUCUGGCGGUCGUGGCCGUCGUCGUGCAGAGACUGCCAACCAACGGAACAACAACGACGGCAACAACAACGGCACAUCGUCCUCGGCCUGGACCAAGGCGACGACGUUCAACGCCGGAGGUGGUGGGCACGGCAACAACAACCGCUGCAGCCACGACAACACGCCGCAGGAGCAGAAGUACCUGCAGACGGACCCGUUCAGCAUGUACAUGCACAACAAGAAGAUUGCCACCGCCGGUGUCCCCACGGCGCAGGGCAGCAGCAAGACCGCUGCAACGUGA